UUGAUGGAAACAAGAAACAUACUAUCUAAAACCCAAGAUGCCUAGUUCCAACUCCUCGAAAUCCUCGAAAUCCUCGCAAUCCCCUCCUUCGACGACUCGAACCCCCCGAACUCGAACAGGCUGUUGGGCUUGCCGAGAUCGAAGCGUCAAAUGCGAUGGUACGUCCCCUAAACUAACCCACUUGAGAAACUAUGCCUGUUCUUGUAAGAGCUAAGCCGUUGCCGAGUACAGAAGCUAGACCACGUUGCCGGAGAUGCCAAAAGACAAAUCUAACUUGCCACUAUGGCAUUCGCCUCCAGUGGCUCGAGGAUUCGGUGGCUCGUGGCAUUCGUCAUGGUCGUCAGGGAGUGUGGCGGCCAAAACAGAAAGAUGCUACCCGAGACGCAUGCACGCCUACAGUACUUUUAGAGGGACGUUUUCAAGAAUCUCCAAGCUCAGCAAAGUAUCGCGCUAGAUCUAAAGGCGUUGUGUACUUCUUGAAUACCUUCUCGAGGGAUAUCCAAUUGUACUGGAAUUCGCAAGGUUUCAGAGAUGUUCUUACUAAUAUAGCUCUACUUGAGGAUGGCCAUGCAGAGGAAGACGAUAGUAUCGACCAAUCGUUAGUAACUCAAGCUGGCGUCGAAGAACGCUAUGAGUCUCAUUUAGCUCAUUAUCAAUAUUGCGGCGGGUCUCGCACGUUCCCUUGGAAGCUGGCAACACCCGUCGGAAGAAACAUCAGUUUCACGCAUCAACUAGCCAGGUCCGAUGAGUUUAUACCCCGGUAUUAUACUGAAGUCGUCUGCGCUAAUGCUUCCUUGGUUGAUGGCCGGCACCAUAACCCAUUUCGUUAUCAUAUUGUUCCAAUGGCAUCGCAUUCCAGUACUGUGUUUUCUGCUAUGUUAGCAGUGAGUGCCAUCAAAAUGGCGGCAAAAGAUCCUAAAUUUCACCGUAGAGCUUUGGUGCAUCGUCACCGGGUGCUGGUGGACGUUAAACGUCUCCUGGAAAGCAAUCACAUCGAUACGGCCAAAUGUCUUGAGGCCCUCGUAUCUGUUGUUAUGCUAUGUUGGUAUGAUAUUAGCGACAAUUGCAAAUCAACUUGGAUUAGUCACCUUGUAGGCAUAUUCGGACUCCUGGAUGUCUGUCUGGAACAGGAUAUCCAUUCCGCCGAUUACGAAGGGAUACUACACUUCAGCCAGCAGUACCUAAUGUAUCACCUAAUUAUGGCCAAAAGCACCCUCCACGUUGAUGAUGUGAUACCGUCAUAUAAGCAUAUCCUAUCGAAGCUCCUAGGAAGUCCAGCAACCACACAUAAGUGGCGCAACAACACGAAUCGCGUGGAUGUGGACGCGUCCCAUAACGUAGCGUCACAAACUACACCGUCCAAUUAUGGAAAUGGGGACUCCACGACACAGCUAGGUUUCCGUCUCGUAGGUCCUAGCUUUAACGAUGAGCUGGACAAAAUUGAUACCCACCAAGGGUUUAGUAACCGUCUGCUUCUUAUCAUUAAUGACAUAUGCGACCUGCGUGAUGCUCAAAACUCCGAUGGGUCAAACCACCAAGAUGCCGAUACGGAAGCCUUGGAACACAGGGUUGCUGAAAUUCAGUCCAAGCUUGAUAACCUUAGACAGGUACCGCCAGGAAAUAUCCACCAAGUUUUGGAAGCUGGUAUGGGUCGUGAUGCUCGGCUCGAACCCGAAAAACUUCGACUCAAGUUAGAGUUUAUUAUGAUGACAGCAGACUCGAACAGGCUGGCUGCACUUCUUUUCCUCGACGAAACCUGCGCCACCCAUCUCCCUCAUAUUGUUCCAGAGUGCCGAAAGAGACGCUGUGCCAUCAUUCAGGAAAUUCUUUCCUAUGUCAAAACAAUCUGCGAGACAGGACCUAUCACUGCCGCCCUCCCUAUUUGGCCAGUAUUCGUUGCUGGAUGUAUGGCCUCUACGGAUGAUGACCGCCUGCAAGUGAUGGAGAUAUUCGACAAGUUUCUAAGCGAAGAUAAGUUCGGAAGCCUACCACCAGCGCUUACAGUCAUUCAGAUGGUCUGGCGCCAACGUGAUCUAGGAUGCGACGAAAACCCGCGAAAGAUACUUUUCGUAUCAUCCGGUGAUUCUGUUGGGAGUCGUGAUGGCAAGGAUCGUGGUCCCACGUCGCCUACGAGUCGUAGGCAGCGAACACGAUAUCCUUGGGAGCGUGCGAUUUCUAUGCUGGGAGGCUCAUCAUUACUGAGCCUUACAUAAAUCUGUGAUUUAUACUGAAAUUCGAGGAGUUUAUGUCGCCGUUGAAAUGGUGGAAUGAUUUGGAGUUUCGCCGUACGACAUCGGCAUGGGAUGGGCCCAUACUGGCUUCUUUUUGCUCUGGGCGACGUAAUUAUCUUGCUAAGGAUUAAGGGCGAUCCACUUAGCUCGACAAAACCCAUUACGGGUAGAAAAUUAUUUGUAUUUCGGGAGGAAAACUAAAUUUAAGUUACCUGUUAACCACGGUGAUGUUAACUGUAUGAUGUAUCUACCCUGGGUGUUCUUCGAAUCCAUGUUUUCACUACUCAUCGAGCCUAGGUAGGUUAGAAUGCGGUGUCCUGAUUCCUUCGCGACAUAUCUAAAGUCUAGAUACGAUGAGCGAACCUGCGAAAACCGACA